UGGUGUAUCUGGGAGUGGCAGUGGAAGUAGGCCGAGGGAGAUUCCGAGGUCUAUGCCGCCGCCUACGGCGGCUCCUUCGAGACCAAAGUCGGCUGCUUCGAGUUCUGCACCGCAGUCGCAAGCCCGUCCUCGACCGACCGCGCCUACGAGGCCUGAUGUCCAGGUUAGUGCCGCCGAUAUGGCCACUGUGACCAAAAAGCGCGAGGAGGGAAGUGAAGCCUUCAAGCGUGGUGACUACUCCGCCGCACUGGCAGCCUACACCUCCGCCCUAACCCCCCUCCACCCCUCUUCCACCCUCCGCAUCCCAAUCCUCACAAACCGUGCCCUGACCCACCUCAAACUCGGCGACCCCCGUUCCUCCCUCUCCGACUGUUCCUCCGCCCUAACCCUCAUCGGCCCCGCACGCGGCGAAGGCGAACAAAUAGAGGGCAAAGAGAUGAAGGAGUUUUGGGGGAAAGCGAUGGUGAGGAAAGCGCAGGGGUUGGAACAGGUUGAGAAAUGGAGGGAAUCGCUGAGGGUUUGGGAGGAGUUGGUUGGGAUGGGUGUUGGUGGGGGGGUUGCGUUGGAGGGGAAGAGGAGGUGUGAGGGGGUGUUGAAUCCGAAGCCGGUGAGUAGGAUUAGUACACCAAAGCCUGCGACUGUGGUGGAUGUUAAGGGGAAGGGAAAGGCUAGGGCGAGUGCAGCGGAUGACCUUGGGUUCGGUGGAGGGUCCGGCUCUGGUGCGGGCGAUGAGCCGAGUGGUGAAGCCGUCGAGCGAUUGCGGAAAGCGAAUGCGACCGCUGAAGCAGAAUCCAACGAACGCCUCGCCCUCCACGACUCCGUCAACGCCAAACUUGACACAUGGCAAUCCGGGAAAGAACAGAAUCUCCGUGCGCUGUUAGCAUCGAUGGAUGACGUUCUCUGGCCUGAAGCUGGCUGGAAGAAGGUCGGGAUGGCGGAGUUGGUUAUGCCGAACAAGGUGAAGAUCGUGUAUAUGAAAGCGAUUGGGAAGGUGCAUCCUGAUAAGAUAUCCAAAGAUGCUACGGUUGAGCAGAAGAUGAUCGCGGGAAGUGUGUUCAACAGGUUGAAUACAGCGUGGGAUGUGUUCAAGAGUCAAAACGGCAUGUGAGCAUGGACGUCAACAUGAGA